AUGUCCUCUCUCUUCCACAGUGGUAGUCGCUCUUCCAAAACCUUCAAACCAAAGAAGAACAUUCCAGAGGGAUCUCACCAGUAUGAGCUGCUAAAACAUGCCGAGGCCACGCUGGGGAGUGGGAAUCUCCGGAUGGCUGUGAUGCUUCCAGAGGGGGAAGACUUAAAUGAAUGGGUUGCAGUGAACACUGUCGACUUCUUCAACCAGAUCAAUAUGCUGUAUGGGACCAUCACGGACUUCUGCACGGAGGAGAGCUGCCCUGUGAUGUCUGCUGGCCCCAAGUAUGAGUACCACUGGGCAGAUGGGACCAACAUCAAGAAGCCAAUCAAGUGCUCAGCACCAAAGUACAUCGAUUACCUGAUGACUUGGGUCCAGGACCAGCUGGAUGAUGAAACACUAUUCCCUUCUAAAAUAGGUGUACCAUUCCCAAAGAACUUCAUGUCAGUGGCCAAGACCAUUUUGAAGCGUCUCUUCAGAGUUUAUGCUCACAUCUAUCACCAGCACUUUGAUCCUGUGAUCCAGCUGCAGGAGGAGGCACACCUUAACACUUCUUUCAAGCACUUUAUCUUCUUUGUUCAGGAAUUCAACCUCAUUGAUAGAAGAGAACUUGCACCGCUCCAAGAACUGAUUGAAAAACUCACCUCGAAGGACAGAUAAAGGAAGAGGAUUUCUUCAAGUCACUUGUUUCUUUAAGCAAGAGUGUGGUAUUUGGUUUUUUUUGGUUCAUUUGUUGGUUGUUUUUUUUUUAAAACAAAACAAACCAACCCCCCUUUGCUGUUCCCAGUGACAGCCAAGAUCUCCUUUCUGUGCUUUUAUUAGGGGAAAUCUUCUUCUCUGUUAGUAACACGUGGUAUAAAUAGCUUUUGUUUUU